CAGCGGAGAGGCGCCCUCAACACACAGCCUCUGAAUGGAGAACAGCACAUUCUGCACGUAACCGAGACACAGUGAAUCCCGAGGAAGACGAGACAAGCAUCCGAGGAAUAACACUUCGCUCCUAAACGAAAAACCUCGCUUUGAUACGCAAGAUUUGUUUUCCUGUAAAAACUCGUCGUUUUUUCGGGACAACCGACUGAAGCCGUGACCGUCCUCAUCGGCUCGUUCAGCCCGGUGCAUCUUUAAAUGUUGUAGCGUGCACCAGCCUCUCCCCCCGGAAUCCUUCAGCGACUCCCCGGUUGCUGAGCACUCGACAGAAACACGGCUUGUGCACCGAGGUAGCAGAGGAGGAGGAAAACCCCCGAACGCUCUCACAGGACAUGGAGGCGACCAAAGCUGGAGGCGUAAUAGCCUACAUCAGCUCGUCCAGCCCUGAGUCCUGCAUCAGCGACUCCUCCGGCAGCUACCAGUCGUCCUCCCCGCCACCCGGCUCCUCACCAGGUUGCCGCCAGCUGGGUCAGCCGGCUGACCCCACACUCCCUGCCGGUGGCCAAAUCAAUCCAGGGACUCAAAAGACUGGACGCUCCUCCUCUGUAAAAUGUGGGAUCACAAAAAUCAAUGGCCUGGUGCUGCUGUGUAAGGUCUGUGGUGAUGUGGCGUCUGGUUUCCACUACGGCGUCCAUGCCUGUGAGGGCUGCAAGGGCUUCUUCAGGAGGAGCAUCCAGCAGAACAUCCAAUACAAGAAGUGCCUUAAGAACGACAGCUGCCCCAUCAUGAGGAUCAACAGGAACCGCUGCCAGCAGUGCCGCUUUAAGAAAUGCCUGAUGGUGGGGAUGUCCAGAGACUCCGUGCGUUUUGGCCGAAUCCCGAAGCGGGAGAAACAGCGCAUGCUGCUGGAGAUGCAAAGUGCCAUGAACAACAUGAUGAACAGCAGUCAGCUGCAAAACCAGCUGCACAGCAGCCAGACACUACCUAUCACCAAGCCGCUGCCAGCCAGUGCCACAGAACCUACCUCAGAGCACGCUGGCCCCGCCCCCUCCCGCUCUCCAUCCUCCUUGCUUUGCUCCAGCCCUUCAGACUCCAGCUCAGACCCCCAGCCCACCUUGGCUAUGGACAUCAGCCCCAGCUCAGCCUCACUAAGUGCGCCUGACAGCGGGGAGGAGGAAGUGAUUGGAACGGUGACUAGGGCCCACCAGGAGACCUUCAUGUACAACCAGGAGCAGAGUAACCUAAUGGCUGAGGCCCCGGCCACCACCGUCCCCCUGGAUAGCGGCUCUGAUCAAAACGCAGCUAACUGCUGGAAAGAAGAGCAGCAGGAGGCCUGGAACCACCACCACCACAACAUGGCCACCAUGGCAGCACAGGAGCCCUCCUCCAGCAUGGGCCCCCAGGGUCCAGAGGACAACAGCACCAACCACUGCCCCUUCAGACUGUCCAGAAGCAGCACCAGCCACUGUCCAGCCUACACACACAGAGCCUUCAGAGCUCCAGUUGCAGAGGACCCCGCCACUGGGGCCCCCAGUGGGCACCAGUGGAGAGAAGGCCGACGGCUGCAUCUGGUUUGUCCGAUGAACACUUCUCCUCAUGUGGACCCACAGAAGUCUGGCCACGAGGUGUGGGAGGAGUUCGCCCACAGCUUCACCCCCGCCGUCAGAGAGGUGGUGGAGUUUGGCAAGAAGAUCCCAGGCUUCAGAGAUCUGUCCCAGCAUGACCAGGUCAGCCUGCUGAAGGCUGGCACUUUUGAGGUGCUCGUGGUCCGUUUCGCUUCUCUCUUUGACGUGAAGGACCGCACCGUAACCUUUCUGGGUGGGACGAAGUACAGCGUGGACACUCUGAGGGCCAUGGGCUCCAGCGACCUCCUCAACUCCAUGUUUGACUUCAGUGAGAAGCUCACCAACCUGGGCCUCAGUGAGGAGGAGAUGAGCCUCUUCACUGCCGUGGUUCUGGUCUCAGCAGAUCGCUCCGGCAUCGAGAACGUGAACUCUGUGGAGAUGCUGCAGGAGACGCUGAUCCGCGCACUGCGGGGCCUCAUCACCAAGAACCACCCCAACGAGUCGGCCAUCUUCACCAAGCUGCUGCUCAAGCUGCCUGACCUGCGCUCGCUCAACAAUAUGCACUCUGAGCAGCUGCUGGCCUUCAAGGUCCAUUCCUGAGGUUUGCUCGAAUACUUGAUUCCCACGCCUCCCCCACCCCCCCCCCCUCCACGGGCGACAUGUGAGCAAACUUGGAGACCACCGGCUGGAGAUCACCCGCUACGUCACACUUCCCAGAAAUCCACACCUGUACCUCCCUCUGCCUAUAGAGUGAACUAUAGCCCAAACAUGACAUUUAAAGGGGGAGGAGGACCAUGACAUGUUAUUGUACUGUACUGUAGGGCGUAACUGCCUGUGUGAUGGUAAUGCAUACAUACAGACACACUGAUUGAUGUACAUGUUUCCUGUGUUUGUGUGUAGCAUACGGUGCGUUUGCGACCGUACAAACGUUAGAAGCACUUUUCUCUAUAGUGUAGGCUGGUAUUCUUUGCAUUCAUAGUGCAAUAUGUGACUGCUUUUUAGAUUUGAGCUGUAUAGUGAGGAGUCGAGAAACUUGUGUACAUGUAUUCAGUGAGACACAUGAAUUUGAAUAGGUGCUGUGCUCAUGUGAUCAGUGGAAAUGAUGUAAACCUAAAAAAAGAAAUGAAAAGAAAACCCUGUCGAGGUGGAAUCUUCUUAAUAGACCACGAAGCAGACGACAAUUAGAGGAAUGUGGACAUGGAGCUGCGUAAACGUCUCAGUUCACACUUUGGUCCUCUGAGAAAUAAGAGAAUGUUUCAUUUGAGUGAGAUAAACAGAAGAAGAGGAUGUCUCAUUUGAAGCUUUCUCUCAUGCAGUUGUGUGUGUUCUAUGCUGUUUGUGUGUCAGUUGCAGGAUAUUUUUCUAAAUUAUUUGGGCAUUGUGAAAAAUCGAAUGUAUCGGUGCCGCUCUGUUGCAUGGCGACACAUGAUUUCUACUCACAGAUCAGUGGAAACACUGAACCAUCGAAAUCAAAUUUUGGACUUUAAGCGUCUUGAUACGUUUUCUCUUCUCUUCUAUAUUUUUUUCCAAAACAAAAAAACAUAUUUCUGAGAUUCCAGUGUCUGCUGUCCUCCUAUUCCUGGGUCAUGUUGAGUUUCCUGGUCAGGCACCUAAAUGUUGCUGUCACUCGCUGUCACCAGCAACUUCCACUUGCUUGAAUGAACUUAAUUACUUUUGCAUUUAAAAAAACUGUACAGACUUUAGUUGAGCAUUGUGAAACUUAAUAGGUAGGACUGUUCUACAUUAAAAAAAAACUGUGUAGUAUCACUGAAGUGAUUGUAGCUUAAAGAAAUAAGCUGAGUCGAGGUGACAUCUGAGUUGCUGGUGUUAAGAUAGUUUUUGUGAUGCCAUCGUUUUGUUCCAAUGUUAAAUUCAGAAUGUCUGGUCUUGGAUAUCCAGAGCUUCGGUCUUUGUGUUAACAUUGCUAAACUGUCGCUCUGCUCUCCUCUGUGAAAGGAUUGCAGUAUGCAUAGAUUUCUAUAUAAAUAUAUAUACACAUACUAUCAUACAUAACUGCAUAGAUGAAUAUAUCUAUAUGAAUAAAUUUUCUAAAUGCAUUUCA